AAAAAAAACAGCAGUAAACUAAAAGCAGCAUGAGCAACACUAACACCAAACCGUUCUCAACUGCUCUUCCCCCUUUCCAUUACUCCAAUUUUCCCUUCACAGCUUAACAUUCACACAAAAAUAAGAGAAAGAAAAAUAAUACAAAGUUAAUUGUGCAAAUGAUGAGCUGGGGAAGAAAGAAACCUUCUUCAAGUUCAUCAUCAUCAUCAUCAUCAUCUCAUCCUCAUUUGAUUUCCCAUGUCUUCCCACUCUCAUGGCUUUCGAAAUUCAAGCGAACAAGCGAUAAACCCAGUACUCGGAUACAGAACAGCAAACAAAAAGAGAAACAGCAGGAAAAACUACAAAGGGUGAGCUCACUAAAACAUUCACCAAAAACUCCUCCUACCUUCUACUGGGAUAAUAGAUUCUACACUCAAGAUGAUGAUGGCUUUUGGAGAUUUUCAUUGAACGAGGAAUAUAUGCAAGGAGAUAACGAGCUCAUUGUUCCAGAAAACUAUUGUGGGAACUGCAAAUCAAAUGUGAAACAAGCUGCAACUAAGAAGAGGAACCAAAAGUCCAGAGUUUUGAAGGCUGAGAUUGUACCAGAAAAGGAAGAAGCAAGUAAAGAACAUGUGAAAAAAGCGAGUCUUCGAAGGACAUACCGGAGAAUUAUGGAAGCAACAGAAGAAUUACACAGAGAAUUGGAUGAAGUGAAUGGGUAUCGAAAAUCUGUGGAAAAAGAAAUGUCGGAAUUUGAGCUUUUACAUGUGAUGCAGAUGAUGGGAAGGGCUGAUGCAAGGCUGCCUUACUUGGAUUCUGGUAAAAACCCAUCUCCUACUUCGAGAGACUUCGGUAGCUUUCAUCAAGAAACAAAAGAUGGGAAUGAUACAAUUUCAGAAUGGCAAAAUUUGAAGGAUGACAAAAUCAAAGAGGUACUUUUGAAAAGUGAUCAGAAGCAGAGGAAGUCUUUUCAUGUUGGCAGGGGAACUAGUAAGGUUAAAGUUAGCUCUCCCAAAACACCUUCUAACAAGAUUGAGAUUUGCAAGGUAAAAGCACUGGAAGACAUGAAAAAAGCAAAGAUGAAAAAGAAGCUUAAGGAAUUGCAGCUGGAUGACAAAGCAGCAGAUAUGGGAAGUUUCGCUGUAGUCAAAUCUACGCGCAAUCCACAGCAGGAUUUUAGAGAUUCAAUGUUUGAGAUGAUCAUGGAGAAAAGAAUCAGAAAACCAGAGGAGCUCGAAGAGUUGUUGGCUUGUUAUCUGACUUUGAAUGCCGAUGAGUACCAUGGGCUUAUUAUUAAGGCCUUUCGACAAGUAUGGCGUGAGUUGGAAGAAGCUUGCUAUAACUAGAUAUUAUUACAUUAACAAUACUUAGAUGUUUAACUCUAUUUUGUCUGUAGAAGAAAAGCAGUUGUUCUAAGUUCUAACAAUAUGUAAAUAGUCUACAAUAUCUAUGUUUUAUACAUUUGCUUUAUUGUAGUCA